AGGGGAAUCGAAUUAAUAACAAAGAGCAAACUGUCUCGUGACUGACAUAUGCACUUUCUUCGUCUUUUCUAAUUAAUCAUCAGUGCCCCAUUUCUUCGUCUCUCUCCUACCUCUCAUCAUCGUUGUCUUGACUCUACAUAAGCACACUAGCUACUCUACUUUCUUUAAAUACAGUAUUUAUAGAGAGAGAGAGAGAGAGAGCGAGAGAGAGAGUUGGGGAAGGGGGUUGUCAUUCUAUAUCUCUAUCUAUACACAAAUUAAACAGCAAGAGAUAUGUAUAGCUAUAAAAAUUAUAAUGGUGCUGGUGCAGGUGAUGUGAAGGGUAUGGUAGUUAUGGUAAUGGUGUUAAUGAGAGUGGCAGUGGCAGUGACGCCGGAGCAGCAGCAGAUGGCGGACAGAGUCGAGCAGCUGCCGGGGCAGCCGGCCGUCAAAUUCAAACAGUACGCCGGGUAUGUGACGGUCAACAACACCCACGGGAGAGCACUGUUCUAUUGGUUCUUUGAGGCCACUACAAACCCUCACAACAACCCUCUCCUCCUCUGGCUCAAUGGAGGUCCUGGUUGUUCGUCCAUUGGCUAUGGACAAUCAGAAGAGUUGGGGCCAUUUUUAUCUCAAAAGGGUAAACCUGAGCUCAAGCUCAACAAAAAUGCAUGGAAUAAAGCGGCCAACUUACUAUUUUUAGAAUCACCAGUCGGCGUUGGGUUCUCAUAUACAAAUACAAGUAGUGAUAUUAAACAACUUGGUGACAAUAUUACAGCUGCAGAUUCAUAUAAUUUUCUCGUGGGAUGGUUUCAACGAUUUCCUCAAUACAAAUCGCACGACUUUUACAUUGCAGGGGAAAGCUAUGCAGGGCACUAUGUACCUCAGCUUGCAGAGGUGAUAGUAGAGAAGAACAAAUAUAUGGCAAAUGAGGACUAUAUUAACCUCAAAGGGAUUAUGAUAGGGAACGCUUUGUUGGAUGAUGAGACAGACCAAAAGGGCCUCAUCGAGUAUGCUUGGAACCAUGCAGUUAUAUCAGACAAGUUGUACGAAGAGUUGAAAAGCAAUUGCGAUUUUAGUCUAAAAAAUGUAAGCCAAGGGUGCAAAGAUGCAAUGAAUAAAUACUUUGCCGUGUAUAAGUUGAUCGACAUGUAUAGUUUGUACGUUCCUAAAUGCGAAAAUAGCAACAUCACCAACACUUCCCGACCCUUCCCAGACAUGAGAUAUAUAGCCAACUAUGAUGGAUGGCAUGUGAGGGCAUUGGCAGGUUAUGAUCCUUGUAUAUCAGAUUAUACUGAAACAUUUUUCAACAGGCCUGAUGUUCAAAAAGCAUUGCAUGCUAACGUUACCAAAAUUCCUUAUAAAUGGACACAUUGCAGUGACAACAUCACAUCUUGGGGCGAUGCGCCAAUGUCUAUGCUCCCUACCAUUAGGACACUGAUUGCAGCAAAACAACGUAUUUGGAUAUUUAGUGGAGAUACAGAUGGAAGAAUUCCAGUGACAUCAACUAGAUAUACUUUGAAAAAAUUGGCAUUAAAUAUCACACGAGACUGGACGCCGUGGUACACUGAUAAUAAACAGGUUGGUGGUUGGACAGUGGAAUAUGAAGGAUUGACAUUUGUGACGAUAAGAGGUGCCGGUCAUGAAGUUCCUUCGUUUAAGCCAAGACAAGCACUUCAGCUGGUAAACCAUUUUCUCAAAGAUGAAAGACUUCCCUCGACGCCAUAUUGAUUUUUACUAAUUGCUCUAUUGAAGUAUUUUCAAGCGCUAAAUCUUACAUUAUUUAAACUUGCAAACUUUUAUGUUCAAAUUGAUUACGGCAAGAUAUAUGAAGCAAAUAUAUAGUUGUCGUACUCAUUUCUAAUUGUGUGAGGGGGCUUUCAAAAAAUGGAUAUCGAAUUUUUCUUGAAUGAAAAAUAAAGAAUAAAGUAGUUCAACACAUGUAUAGAAAUACUAUAGUUCAUCUCCAACACUUUGUGUAUUUUGACAUUUUUUUUCCCAACAAAAUAGUAGAUCAUAAGAGUGACGCAUAUAU